AUGCCGUGGAAAAAGAAGCCCAAAAGAAAACGCUGCGCAUCAUGCCAUCUCUUUGGUCAUGACACUGAGCGCUGCGGCAUCACAGAUGAUCCUGUCGGUGGUGCUGUGGACCCUGAGUCCGCACCUGCAGCUUCAUUGACAGCACAGAUCUCUAAGACCUCUGCAGCGGGUGACCGCGUGCAUGAACAGCGUGCUACGUCCAGCACCUGUGUUCAUCCUGAGGAAGGCUGCCAAGCGCGAGGCGUUGACGUGUCGUACGCGGAUACUGCUGGCACUUCAGGCGCUACAAGUACACAUCUGUCUUUGAGUCCUCCGAAGAAGAGACUGAAGAGAGGUCAUCCAGAGUUUGCAACUGUUAGUGUACCAGUAACGGCAACUACCGCGGAUGACUUCGUGUCUGGACAGCGUGCUACGGACCGCGCUUCCGUUCGUACCGAGGCAGGCUGCUCAUCUCGGGAAGUUGAUCCGUUGCCCGCAGAUUCAAUCGGACCUUCGCGUUCGACGAGUACAGAUCUUACUAUGAGAGUAACUCGUUCCAUGUCACGUCGUCAAGGCGAAAGCGGCGCAUUUAGUGACGUUAUUCGUCAGAAUUCAUUGCAAGAGCGUUCAGCUUCUCAAGAUCUGUAUGUUGACGCAUCUCAGUGCUCUAAUGAAGACAUCGAAGAGGAUAUGUCUUUGGAUUCGUCUACUUCUAUGAAUGAAGACACAACAGGAACAGGGAACGCUUUGCAGUAUGGCAGGAGUUUGUAUAUUCACGUGCCCUGCAAUCCGGUCCUGGGUAGCACGUCUGAGCUUCGUCCCGACCUCAUUGCUCCCUUGUCUGCAAAUCCGCAUUUCGUUAGGGCUGGUCGCUCUAACGAAUUCAACAGCAGCCAUGUCGUCUUCCGCGAAUACGGCGAUUCCAGCGGUGCCUCGUCGUUUAGUCUCACCACGAAGCCUUACGUUUGUGGACCUUGCACUGAACUGCAAAUUGAUUCAAUGGGCCUCAGUUUAAAUCAAAGACCUGAUAUUUACCAUUCGUUAAGAGAAGGUGAAACUCUGCCUAAUGAUUUGCAUGAAGAGUUGAAAGAAUCUUACGAAAAGUUUCCUUUGGACGCAGAAACUAUAAGGAAAGCCAGAGAAACAGGCACCUACGUCAAUGUCCACGACGCUUCUAAUAUUUUGAUGCAAUACAACACUCGUUUAGCUGCAGGUCCUCAAGAUGAAAACCGCAGGGAAUUAAGAGCCAAGGGGAAAGAAGUGCUUCAAAUAGUUCAUCCUGGUAAUAAUGUAGGGAGUGAUGCACAUGAUGAUCNAACAAGCUAUUUGGCCAAAUAUGCCGCAGGCGCCGAUGAAAAACGUGAAGUGGUUAUCACCGCCACUGGCAAGGAUGCUACUGUAGUCGAUGUUGAACCUCGCGAUCUCUAUCAUGCCAAGAUUUCUGGUUCAAAAAUUGCUCACGACCAGAAAAUGAAAGCUGAAAUGGCGAAGGAAUCAUUAUGCCGGGAAAUCACCCUCACCGAAAUGCUCUGGUUUUGUCAUCAACUCCCUUUUGUUGUUUGCUCUGCUGAUUUCGUCCAUUGCUCAACACAUGCCCCUGAACACAGGCAAGCAGUGUAUCGUAAACACAGCGGUUACAUCCAGAAAUUAAUAAAUGAAGACGGCACUUUGAAGGGGAUAUCUCUGCGAGCUGGCUUCCCAAGUUGGCGACGUUUCACAGGGUCGCAAACUUUGCUCAUGAGUGAGAUUGUCAACUCUCCAUACCUCGUUGAUAACACCUCCCUCUUCAGCGUUCGUCCCCCUGAGUUGCGCAAGGUGAUGAAGCUUGGCGACUAUUUGAAGUGGUUCUCUUUUACUUCGGCAAAAGUCAUCACAGUUUCUGAAGAAGUCAGUGAGUGCCCUUGGAUUGAUGGCAGCGGCAAGCUAGUUCGGGUGAGGAAGAGGUAUGUGAACGAUGUCCGUCGUUUCUUCGAAAAGCUAGCUAACCGAGCUCACCUUCGUCCUGGAACCCUGGAGAUGUAUGGACUUUUCGAAGCCCUUCAUCAUGAAGUUCUUCAGGGGAGUAACUCAAAUUUUGUUACUCGAUUUGUUGAUAUGAGCGCUGACAGGGAUGUGAUAGUCGUUUUUACCGCUAUCGAGCCCACAUCGAUUCAUAAAUUUUUCAUCCAUCUCCUGCUCACCCUUGGGUCAUUUGUGACCGAACUUGACAUUUUCAGGGGCCCUACUCUGUUGCAUGCUUUUCAGUAUGCCCAUCUCAUUGCCGAUGCAAACAAUCCGACAGAAGAAGAGGCCCUGUCUAUCAUCAGACUGUACGUGAUGACUCAGCUGCAGUCUUUGCCUUACGGUGUGAAAGGGUUUUCGCGGCUUUUGAGUCUUGCCAUGGAUGGAUUAUUAUGCUUCUUUCGCACAAAAGGCGUCGAUUACGUUGAAGUUCCGUUGGCGUCGAUGAGAGCGAUCAGAGAGGAUGCUACUACGAAAUUGCAUGAAAUGGAAGCUUCAAGAGCUCAGACUUUAGCUUCUGUUCUCCAAACAUCAGGCAUCAAAAAUUGUCCCGCCCCAGCUAUUCUUGGCAGCAUGAAGAAAUUUGAUUUUGUACCGGAAAUUGAGCGCUUGCCUGAACAAAGCAGAUCAUCUUAUGCGGAGCAGAUUGUGUGCCUGAAUGCUUUGGUGAAUGCAAUUGACCGAUUUGAUCGUGUAGGGCCGGUUUUUGUGCCAUGUCCAAUUAUCACUGGACCUCCUGGAGCUGGGAAGACUCACCUAUUACUGACGUCUUGCAUUUACGCGCAAUCGAAAGGCUUAAGGACCAUCAUCACCGCCGCCACUGCCGAGCGCGCCCGAAGUUUAGGAGGCGAGCACAUACAUUUGUUGUUCGCUAUGCCAACAGUGAAAAGCCAAAUUGAAUGUGUGCCGGUGACUGCGGAAAAGUGUCUUCUAAACCUGAGUGCCAGCCCAGUUAAAAUGGCAUACCUGAAGAGACUUGACGUGCUGGUGGUGGAAGAAAUUGGUCUCUUACCUGCCUCGCUGCUGAACAUUAUCGACUUCGUUCUACGACGAUUGAGGGACACCACAGUUCCGUUCGGAGGUGUGCUGCUGCUUUGCUGUGGUGACCCUUGCCAACUGAAACCUGUGAAUGGACGGAGCAUCUGGCUCAUGCCAAACCUUUUCACGAUGUUCCAUGUACUCUGCCUGAAACAUUUCGUGAGGUCCAGGGGUGAUCCCGAACUCCAAACCCUUAUAAAAUGUAUUCGAAAGACUAGGUUAGACGACCACGAUGUACAGGAGAUCAUUGCAAUUAUAAGAAACCGAUGUGCACCGCACCAAUUUGUCAAGAGCUGGGAAGACGUACCCGACGAGUACCAGCGAGUCGUCGGCAAGAAUUCUGCGGUCGAUUAUGCUGUCAGUAUCUAUUUGAAGCAAAAGAAAGCGACGCCUGGUCUUUCAUACAUCGUACAACAGGCACACGACGAGGUAGAAGUAAUUGGAGGCAAUUGGAUUACUGCCAGCGCUGCUGUUAGCAAACAACUGACGCGGCAAGUCAAGGAACCGUUUGAGCUCCUCCUCUUCUGUCAUCAGGUUGUCAGGCUCACUUAUAACCAUUCCACGCCAGCCGGUAGAGUUCCGAAAUUUAGCCAAGGCCAAUUGGCCGUUAUCCUCCAGUUGCCAGACCUCAGUCUUCCUCGGCAUGCUCAACGAAUCACCAUCAAAUUGGUACCGCCGGGAGUCAGAGUGGUAUCCGUGGAUGCUUUGCCUGAUGAGUGGCCAGUCUUUUCAUUGGCUAGGAGGUUUACGAUACCUCAGUUAAUUCAAGUCCACAUGUCCAAGGCGAAACGUGAACAGUGGCCAUUCGCAUACUUCGUCUGCACCACUGUUCAUCGAAGCAUUGGGGAAACACUCCCCAAAUUAGCCACGCAGAUAAGUUUGGAACAUCCGAUGUUCUCAUUAUGGGACAAAAAUCAGUUACUUGUCAUCUUGAGCCGAGUCCAAUCCCUUGACGAUCUUCUCUUCGUCGGGGAUGUAGUUGACACUUUGAGAGCCAUCAAGAAGCUCUUGCAAGUGGUUGAUCCUUGGGGUGCUUUCAUAGAUGGGAUUUUGGUCGCUCGUGACAGCAUUCGGGAAGGAGAUGGAAUAAUCCCAAGCACUUGUUCUUAUCCGUCCAUACCCGCCUGUGUCCCAACGACCGAUUCAGGAUUCAUAUUCAUGGUCGUUAGCCUGAAGCUUGACUCGUACCGCAUCGAUAAAGCACCUAGUUUGCGGCAAGCUUUGAAGCUUUUCAACGAUCCUCUUGCACUUGCGGCCACAAGAUCGCUGAGACCUUGGGCGCUGGCGUGCUUCAUUACUGGUUUCACCCAAGGCAAUUACGACGAUGGACUGACGGACUUCAUCAAUUCCUGGAAGGCAAGGAUACAAACUGAACACGGAAAUGAGGCUAGGAGUCACCAAGCAUUGACUGUCGGCCUAAAUUUGUUUGCCGAGGAAAGGCCCAGACAACCCACCUUGAAGUGGCAGACAUGCUUAAAACUCAAUGAAGAAGAAGUGUCCAUUGGCGGUGGCGGAGAACGUGCAUUGAGCACGCAUUAAAGUGGUGCGGACAUUGUUGCCACUAUCGUUGCUGCGCAUUUCUUGCUGCUCAGUUACGACGUGUUGUGUGGCCUAGCAUGAGCUCCCAUUCAUAUAUUUUACGAAAUGCGUGUAUAUUGUCAUCACUCUCAUCGUGGCGCCUUUCCUGCUGCUCAGUUCCGACGUGUCAUGGAGCCUAGCGUGAACAUCAAUUUCUGUAUUUUAA